GUGUCGUGGGGAUCAGUCCUCGGUAAACGUGCACGUAGUCGGUGCGUUUCGGGGGUUCCACAAUGAAAGCACUUGGCCUGUUUAUCCUGAUGGUUGGAUUUUCCCGCCGCUGUGACGCACAGUUUCCGCGGGUGUGCACCAACGAUGCGUCAUUGAAGAGUAAGGUGUGCUGUCCCAUUCCGAAGGGCUUCACCGAGCCGUGCGGUGGGCCUGGGCGGGGCCAAUGCGCCAACACCCCCGACCCCACCGUGGAAGACGCCGCCUGGAAGUACGCGUACCAAGUGGACGACCGGCGCCACUGGCCGACGGUGUUCUUUAACAGGACCUGCGCGUGUGAAGGCAACUUCAGCGGGUAUGACUGCACAAAGUGUACCUGGGGAUACCGUGAGCCGGACUGCAAGAUAAAACAGAAGCCAGCUGUGCGCAGAAACAUUCGGGACCUUAGCGCUCAGGAGAAAAAGACGCUCCAGCGCUACUUUGACCGCGCGAAGAACACAAUCAGCGAUUUCGUCUACGCUCUGGAGUUCAAAGAUAACAUCGGGGGAAGCGAAGACUUCGCCAAUGUCUCAGUAUGGGACUUCUUCGUGGCGACGCAUUACUACGCCAGCCGUGACACCAUGCCACCCGCCAUUACAGACAUCUGUGCGAAUGAGUCGGACUGCAUCCUGGACUUCGCGCACGAGGGUGUCGGAUUUCCCACCUGGCAUCGCGCGUACCUAUUGGAGUUUGAGCGGGCCGUGCAGGAGGUCAACGACGAUCCCGACUGGACCGUGCCGUACUGGGAUUGGAGCGCGGCGGAGGACAACCAGUGCGACAUCUGUACCAACGAGUACGUCGGCAAGAACGAUGAGGACGGAAAACUGGAACCGGAGUCUGUCUUCGCCAGCUGGUGGACCAUCUGCGAACAUCUAGCCUCGUUCGAAAACGCCACCCACAGGAACCACACCAAACCGUGCAAUGUGACCAAAGUGACAGGAACGCUGAAGAGGAACCCCGGGAAAGCGGACCAGGCCAUGUUCGGGAAGCCAAUGGCUCACCUGCCCCUGGCGACCGAGGUGGACUUCGCCCUUCGUUUCUCCACAUACGACACGCCUCCUUACAACAGAACCUGCAACUGCACCUUCCGGAACCUGCUGGAGGGAUAUGCCGACACCAGCACCGGCAAGUACCGAGGGACCAUAACAUACGACAACAACACACAGGUCCCUGGAGCUCACACCCUGCACAACCACGUGCACCUUUACCUGGACGGCACGAUGUCUAACGUCCCCUCCGCAGCGAACGACCCCACCUUCUUCCUGCACCACUGUAACGUCGACCGCUUGCUGGAGACGUGGAUUCGUCGAUAUGGGGCCAUGGACUCGGCUCAGCCAUUGACAGGUGCCAAACCCGGCCAAAACCGCUAUGAGCACAUCGUGCCGUUCUUCCCACCAUACAGCCACGCUGACAUGUUCAAACGGUCCACAGAGUUAGGCUACGACUACCAGGAGCUUUACAAAAAUGGGAUGUAUGGAGAGAGCGACCUGGGAGAGUGCAAAGCACCGAAACCAGAGGGCGUGUCUCCGGAAGUGAUCGGGAUGGGAGUUGGCAUUGCGUUAGGGCUUGUGCUUGUUGUCACCGGCGUUGCCGUUCUAUUGUUUAUUUGGUGCGGUCCCAAAAAACAGCAAUAUCAUGCCGCAGACACAGGCAUGGAGAUGUCCGUACGGACAUAAGCAGAGCAUUUUUACCAAGCCUUCUGGAGGCCUCAGUAAUCUCCAGGCAGUUGGUUGAAGGAUUUUAAGAUUUUCUGAUUGUCGGCCCUCUCUGUCUAAUACUGUCUGACUAAAUAGACAGAGCCAUCAGACAAUGCUACUAUCAUUCACCCAACAUCUGCUUGACUACUUUGGUGGCUUGGCUAAGAUAUGUAGGCAUCAACGCAAAGCUUAUCAUAUUAACUAGCAUAUGACUAGCAUAGCACUAGACAGAAAUGUAGAAUGUAAAUUUAUAUGACGCAGUACAGUAUAUUUUGAUGCAUACCUAGAGUAAGUUAAUUUCUAUAAAAAAAUAUCUACCAGGUUUGGAUAACGCCACUCUUAAAUGCAAAAGUCUACUUUUUUAAUUCUUCGAAUUCCUUCCUUCUAAUGCUAAGUCGGGCAAGCAUGAUGCAAACACCUAUUUUGUGGCAACUUUUUAAUUGGUGUGAAAUAUAGCAUAGUAUAACAUCAUAUGUAUAAGGCAUUUGUCCAAGUAAGGUUGGCUUUGUACCAAGUUACUAGUAUUCUCAUAGGGCUGGUGAAAAUACAAAAAGACCACAUGAAACCAAAUAAAAAUGUUUAAGAGUCUGCAGCAAAAAAAUGAUAUCUUAUAUAUUGUAAAGGAAAUACAAUUCACCCAUGAUAAGCACAAAACAAGUUACAUGCAUCAUAAAGACAGCAAGAAAGAUUCAACACCAAUAAAUCAAAAUUAUUUCACCUGUUGAUUGCAAAGUUGACAAUCAGAAUAGAAGCUUUGCACAAUUUGCUUUUUUGUCAUUACAAUAGCACACUUAUAAUUGUGCAAAUAAUACAGUGUCAAAGAAAAUUUGAUACCGGUACCAA